UAAACAUAAACAAAGCAGCACCGGGCAACUCGCUAAGAACACGCUUUUCUGUUUAUUUUGUCUACCUGUCAGUACACGAACGUCACAAAGGUUGUAAAAUGAUAAAUUUUGUUUUUCGCCCGUGGCCGCACGUAGUGCAGUGUCAAGUGCGGGCAUUAAGCAAAAAGGCAGCAAAUACAGCCAAAAAGCCAUUCAAAACGAAUGCAGUCAAGGCUUUCAACACAGAAAAUAAAAUCUUCUACGGUGCCCUGCUGGAAACUGCUGCAGAAAGACGCAAGACACGCAACACACAACCCUACAAAGUAGAAGAUUUCGUUUCAUCGGCUCCUUCUGUGGACUACAAUCAAUUUGCUAGUGCCUUUGAAAGUGAACCCCCUACUAAAUCGACAAAGGGGAAAGCUGUAAAACCAACAGCUAAGACUGGGAAGAAUUUAAAGCAGCAGAAAGCUAAAGACGAGCCUAAGGAAGCCAAAGAAGAAACCAUUUUAAAUGAGAGCACUACUUCGCCCCUUCCAAUUAUCACAAGCAGUGCUGAAAUUACUGGAUUUCCAAUGCUCAACAUUGCUAAGCAAGUGAUUAAAAUUCCUCCUAGUCUGAACCUCUGGAAAGUGCCGUCCGUCACCAAAAUUCUGUCUGCCACCAUGUCGGAAAGCUCAAAAGCAGCUCUUGAGAAGUGGAAGGCGAACCUUAUUGCUCAGCUUGGAUUGGAGGGAUUCCAAGAGUAUCAGAAAAAUCUGUUUUUGCGAGGAUCUCAAUUCCACUCUGUGAUUCAAAACCACUUGUCUGGAAAGCCACUCACUCUCCCUCCAGAGAUUGAAGGCUGCUGGUCGAGCGUUUCGAAAGUGAUGCCAGAAUUGGGGAUGGUGAUGAACCUGGAGAGUCCGGUCCUGCAUCCCACUUUGCAGUACCGCGGCAUCAUCGACUGCAUCGCAGAGUUCAGGGGUGAACCGAUGGUAAUCGAAUGGAAGAAAUCCGACAAAAGAAAGCCGAUAAUUCAGUACACUUACGACGCGCCGCUGCAAAUGACUGCUUACAUCGGAGCCAUGAAUUUCGAUAGUUCAUAUCCCAAGAAGAUCAAACAAGGCGCCGUGGUUGUUGCUUACACUGAUGGAACUCCAGCAGAUAUUUUUGUUUUGAAUUUGGAUGAAUGCACUCAUUAUUGGAACGUGUGGCUGGACCGACUGCAGCUAUACUGGAAACUAAAUCAAACAGCUUCCCAAAACAGCUUAUAAUUUUUUUUAAUAUUCACAAAGUGCCAAGUUUUUCAGAACAGUAUUUUUGCCUGAAAAAAUGAAUUAAAAAAUACGUUCUAGUGCUUGUAAGAUAUGUUUAAAAGUUUUUCUUUUCAGAAUGUUUUGUGUAAUUUCAAGAUUAUAGCUUAAAAAGACAGUAACAUUAUGAAAAAUAACCACCAGAGGCUCUCAGAGCUCAAAUAGAUCAACAUUAUAUUGUUUUUUAAUUUAGUGGCCGCCAGUGUGGCCUUAAAAUGAAUCUCAGUUCCUGUAAUCUUUUCUGUAGAUCACAAAAGAAACCAAUUCUGUAAUAAGAGCAGCUAUAUUGUCAAAGAGAAAAUUUUGUAAAAAUUAAAAAAAUAAAAUUUUAAACUGACA